GCGGUGAAGAUGGCGUCCAGCAGUGGGACGAAAAACUUGGACUUUCGCCGCAAGUGGGACAAAGAUGAAUACGAGAAGCUCGCUGAGAAGAGGCUCACGGAAGAGAGAGAAAAGAAGGAUGGAAAACCAGUGCAGCCAGUCAAGCGGGAGCUUCUCCGGCAUAGGGACUACAAGGUGGACCUGGAAUCCAAGCUUGGGAAGACAAUUGUCAUUACCAAGACCACCCCACAAUCUGAGAUGGGAGGAUAUUACUGUAAUGUCUGUGACUGUGUUGUGAAGGACUCCAUCAACUUCCUGGAUCACAUUAAUGGAAAGAAACAUCAGCGAAAUCUGGGCAUGUCUAUGCGUGUGGAACGUUCCACCUUGGAUCAGGUGAAGAAACGUUUUGAAGUCAAUAAGAAGAAGAUGGAAGAGAAACAAAAGGAUUAUGAUUUCGAGGAAAGGAUGAAGGAGCUCAGAGAAGAAGAGGAAAAGGCCAAAGCCUACAAGAAAGAGAAACAGAAGGAGAAGAAAAGGAGGGCUGAGGAGGACUUGACAUUUGAGGAGGAUGAUGAAAUGGCAGCUGUGAUGGGCUUCUCUGGCUUUGGUUCCACCAAGAAGAGUUACUGAGGCUUUCUAUGCUUGGCCCUUUGCUGGGCUUAACUUUGAGUGUGGGCGGGGUCAUUUUUUCGUGCAGGGGGAGUACUUGGGAAAGUCCUUAACUGGCAAUGGGGAGGACUAGAGGGCGGGUGUUUAUAGUUUCCCUCGACCUUGAGAGAAAGCACAGGAGGUAGAGGUAAUGCUGUGGCAUGUUCCUUUAGCCUCAGUGUAUCACCCGCAUCACAGGCCCUUUGCCCAUCUGUUCCCAAUAAAGAAAAACCUCUUCUGAGGCUGCUUUCCCAAAA